GGUGUGAUGGACAGGUAGCAGAAGAUCUCACUUUGAUAUCAGGGAAUCAGAAUGACCGAGUGCUUCCUGCCUCCCACUAGCAGCCCCAGUGAACACCGUCGGGUAGAACACAGUGGGGGUCUUGCUCGUACUCCCAGCUCUGAAGAAAUCAGUCCUACAAAAUUCCCUGGAUUGUACCGCACCGGUGAGCCUUCACCACCUCAUGACAGCUUGCAUGAGCCUCCAGAUAUAGUAUCCGAUGAUGAAAAGGAGCAUGGGAAGAAGAAAGGAAAAUUUAAGAAGAAAGAAAAAAGAACGGAAGGUUAUGCUGCAUUUCAAGAGGACAGUUCCGGUGAUGAAGCUGAAAGUCCUUCAAAGUUGAAGCGGUCCAAGGGAAUACAUGUCUUCAAGAAACCCAGCUUUUCCAAAAAAAAGGAAAAGGAUUUUAAAAUAAAAGAGAAACCCAAAGAUGAAAAACACAAGGAAGACAAACAUAAAGAUGACAAACAUAAAGAGAAGAAGUCAAAAGACUUAACUGCAGCAGAUGUUGUAAAACAGUGGAAAGAGAAGAAGAAAAAGAAGAAACCAAUUCAGGAGACAGAGAUACCUCAAGUGGAUGUUCCGAGUCAUAGACCCGUGUUUGGCAUUCCUUUGUCUGAUGCGGUAGACAGGACCAUGAUGUAUGAUGGCAUCCGCCUGCCAGCAGUUUUCCGUGAAUGUAUAGAUUACGUAGAGAAGUAUGGCAUGAAAUGUGAAGGCAUCUACAGAGUUUCAGGAAUAAAAUCAAAAGUUGAUGAGCUAAAAGCAGCCUAUGAUCGAGAAGAAUCUCCCAACUUGGAAGAAUACGAGCCCAAUACAGUAGCCAGCUUGCUGAAACAGUACCUACGAGAACUGCCUGAAAAUUUGCUUACCAAAGAGCUAAUGCCCCGCUUUGAAGAUGCUUGUGGGAAGAGCACAGAAGCUGAGAAAGUCCAGGAGUGCCAGAGGUUGCUGAAGGAGUUGCCAGAGUGUAACCAUCUCCUGAUUUCUUGGCUGAUUGUGCAUAUGGACCAUGUUAUUGCAAAGGAACUGGAAACAAAAAUGAACAUCCAGAAUAUUUCCAUAGUGCUCAGCCCUACUGUCCAGAUCAGCAACCGCGUCCUGUAUGUGUUUUUUACACAUGUUCAAGAGUUCUUUGGGAAUGUGACCCUAAAGCAGGUGACAAAACCUCUUCGCUGGUCAAAUAUGGCAACAAUGCCAGCGCUUCCAGAAACACAAGAAAGCAUCAAAGAAGAAAUCAGGCGACAGGAGUUCCUACUGAACUGUUUACACAGAGACUUGCAGGCAGGGAUAAAAGACUUAUCCAAAGAAGAGAGACUCUGGGAGGUGCAAAGAAUUUUAACAGCUCUUAAGAGGAAACUAAGAGAAGCUAAGAGACAGGAGUGUGAAACAAAGAUUGCACAAGAAAUUGCUAGCCUUUCAAAGGAGGAUGUCUCCAAAGAAGAAAUGAAUGAGAACGAAGAAGUUAUAAAUAUUCUGCUUGCACAGGAGAACGAGAUUUUAACAGAACAAGAGGAACUGCUGGCCAUGGAGCAGUUUCUGCGGAGACAGAUUGCCUCGGAGAAGGAAGAAAUAGAUCGCCUUCGAGCAGAAAUAGCUGAAAUACAAAGUCGCCAGCAGCAUGGCCGAAGUGAAACUGAAGAAUAUUCUUCCGAGAGCGAAAGCGAGAGCGAAGAUGAGGAGGAACUGCAGGUCAUCCUGGAAGAUUUGCAGAGGCAGAAUGAGGAACUGGAGAUAAAGAACAAUCACCUGAACCAAGCGAUUCACGAGGAGCGAGAGGCCAUCAUAGAGCUGCGAGUGCAGCUCCGACUGCUGCAGCGCGCUAAAUCGGAGCAGCAGGUGCAGGAAGAAGAGGAGCCAGAGAAACGCGGGGGGAUUUCUCAGCAGCAAAGAGACAGUGUCCUGGAGACAAAAGCAGCCAAAGAGCAGCCAAAAGCAAGCAAGGAGCAGCAAGUCAAGCCAUCGCCAAGUAAGGACAGGAAAGAAACUCCAAUUUGAUCCGGCUCCUUGAAUAUGCAUAAAAAUCAACUGAACUGUGCAAAUUACUGUAAUUUGAGUCAAACUGCACAAAUUAUUGCUGGCUGUGUACAUUCUGUAAAGAACCUUUACUUUUAAGCCCUGGAGACUUUUGUCUCCAGUACUUGCGGCUUCUACUCAUCAGACUCAGGUGAGUUUGGAGAGGCCAGAAGAGUUUUCCGGUUAGUAUCAGAUUAUUUCAAGACUGGUUCCUUCAGGUGAUUUAAAAUAAUUCAGUAACAAGUCUUAUUUUAAACCAAAAUCAUUAUUUAC